GACCAAAAAGACACUCAAUUCUGCAUCCCAGAAUCACACCGACUUUGGCUUGACGCCGAGGACUUGCCGUGGAGUGAGCAGGCCAUUCUGCAAACACAACACAUGGAUGGCGGUUCGGUGAGGUAGGUAUUGGGCGGUAUGGCAGGGGUAGGGGAAUGGGGGAUGGGGGAAUGGCCGUUGCAAAACGACGACGACAAUGAGCCACGAACGACAAUCAGAGCAAAUGCUGUUGGACACAGCCUGUCUCCAACCCAAAAUCGGAGGGGGAGGAGCAGAAGGAUUAUCUAUUAUUGCAAUCAUGGGUUCCAGAGUCCCGGGACGGUGGACGACAAUGGUCCAACCGGUGCACGGCUGCCAAUCUGUGGGAGUCCAGCUUUUGGGGGCCCCCGAGUCCAUCCAAUGACAGUCUCGUGUUGGUCCAACAGUAAAUGAUGGUUGAAGUCACACGAAGCAAAGCAGACAUGGCAUAUGCCUGGCGGUUCCUUGCUCACCUCAAAGUCUUUACUGUCACGGCUGUGUAAAGAGCAAUGCGUAACCGACAAGGGCGGAGAGCGAAAAAGAGGCACGGACGACGAUGAACUUGUGUGUUUAUCUCCACCUUAUACCCACACCUCGAAGUGUCCCGAUCGAGUAUCCAAUCGUUCGUUAUUCGUCUCUGCUACGUCCGGAAGACAGUGGAACUCGCGGCUUGGCCCCCGAGCGACUACCACCUCACGCACCAGUUGUGACGCGCAGCUCGAUCUAAGACUAGCGCCCCCGGAGGAGAAUAUCGACUGUGCAGCAGGUCCCGAAUACCACCUGCACUCGCAUCCACACGGGCUCAGGCUCGCCCUCGCUCGCUUGCCUCUCGCUCUGAGUCUGGGCUGGCACGGCCUGGAGUGCCUGGAUCCUGGCUGGGCUGGUCUUGCAAGCUUGCAAGCUUGCACUGGGUGGAGGGGCACCUCGGGCAGCGGCUGCACUACAGAUGGCACUAUUCCCCUUCAUUACCCGGGCCCUCCACGGAAGACUGAAGUAGGUAUGGGUACGGAGUACUGUGAUGCACUCUCAUCUCGACUAUUGGGCUGCUUCGUCGACUGGAGCAACUCUCUCUCUCUCUCUUUCUCUCCCUUGCAAGCUGUCCAUGAUCUCGCAAACCACCCCACCUAUUACCUGCGGGCGCUGUCGCUUCCUUCGAUUCCCUCAUUCACGCCUCCCCGUCCGAGGUCUCACUCUCUCCUCUUCUUUGCUAGGCACUGCUGUUGCUGCUUUCUAUUGAUCCUGCUGCCAUCAGUUGCAUGCCCGCGCUCCAUCCUCGUCAUUCCCAAACAGGCCACGACCCUGUUUGCUACAUGCCUCCAUUCAAAGGCGGUGGCGUCAGGACGAUGGUUCUCCUGCAACGGCAUGCAUUACACAAUUGAGGGGGGAACACGGGAGGAAAGCCACCCAUUGACGCACCCACAACUAGGUAGGUCACUACCUAGGUACUUGGAGGUUGGAAGAGAAGCGCGCAUCCUCUCCAAGUCUCUCUCACUCUCUCAGAGUCUCUCCCCUAGGUGA